AUGGGCAGCCCGUGGAACAGCAGCGCCAGCCCCGGGGGCGCGGCGGAGCCCCAGCCGGGGUGGGCCCCGCUGCCACCCUGCGAUGCGCGCCGGUGCUCGGCCUUCCCCCUGGGCGCUCUGGUGCCCGUGACUGCCGUCUGCCUGGGCCUGUUCGCCGUCGGGGUGAGCGGCAACGUGGUGACCGUGCUGCUGAUCGGGCGCUCCCGGGACCUGAGGACCACCACCAACUUGUACCUGGGCAGCCUGGCCGUGUCCGACCUGCUCAUCUUGCUCGGACUCCCCUUCGACCUGUACCGCCUGUGGCGCUCGCGGCCCUGGGUGUUCGGGUCGCUGCUCUGCCGCCUGUCGCUCUACCUGGGCGAGGGCUGCACCUACGCCACGCUGCUGCACGUGACGGCGCUCAGCGUGGAGCGCUACCUCGCCGUGUGCCGCCCGCUCCGCGCACGCGCGCUCGCCACCCGCCGCCGCGUGCGCGCGCUCAUCGCCGCGCUCUGGGUCGUGGCGUUGCUCUCCGCCGGCCCCUUCUUCUUCCUGGUGGGCGUCGAGCAGGACCCGGGCGUCCUCGCCAUCCCGGAGGGAAAUGGCACGGUUCUCUUCCACCCUUCAACUCCGGCCUGGUCGUUGCCGUCUCUCGGGUGGUCGGGGUGGCCGCCACUGCCCUCGCCGUCGGGGCCCGCGGCCGCCGCCGCCGCGCUGUUCCGCCGCGAGUGCCGGCCGAGCCGCGCGCAGCUGGGCGCGCUGCGCGUCAUGCUGUGGGUCACCACCGCCUACUUCUUCCUGCCCUUCCUGUGCCUCAGUCUCCUCUAUGGGCUCAUCGGGCGCGAGCUGUCGAAGAGCCGGGGGCCCCUGCAAGGCCCCGCCGCCUUGGGGAGGGAGCGGGGCCACCGGCAGACCGUCCGUGUCCUGCUGGUGGUGGUUCUGGCAUUUAUAGUGUGCUGGUUGCCUUUCCACGUUGGCAGAAUCAUUUACAUAAAUACAGAAGACUCCCGGAUGAUGUACUUCUCUCAGUACUUCAACAUUGUCGCCCUGCAACUUUUCUAUCUCAGCGCCUCCAUCAACCCAAUUCUCUACAACCUCAUUUCCAAGAAGUAUCGAGCAGCUGUUUGUAAAUUUCUGCUCACAAGAGAGUCCAGGUAGAGAGGUUUGGGAAGAAGCCCAGACACUGGAAGGGAUGCAGGGGGGAGGGACACUGCUGGUUACACAGAGACAAGAGCUAACACAAAGAUGAUGACCUAAACAGUACAGCCAAGACACUUCUGGGACUUUGGAGAUGACAGGUCUAUACAUAAAUUGAGUCUGGUAAUGGAGGAGUGGAUGUCCUUAAAAAGAAUGGAAAGUAUGAUUGAAAACUCACAGGUUGGUUAAGAAAAUGUCCAUGUUUCCUUUUUAACCAAGCUUUUCUAGUUUCCCUUUAAUCAGUCUCUGCUCCCUGUAUCAUCUUGAAAUCUCAACAUCACAGAACAGAACAUGCUAUUGGAAAUUUUAAGUCUUUUUGUGGGUCCUAGGACUUGAACUCAGGGCCCAGACACUGCCCCUGAGAUUUUUGUAUUCAUAUCUAGUACUCUCUACCCCUUGAGCCACAUCUCCAUUUCUGGCUUUGUGUGUGUGUGUGUAUGGUUAAUUGGA